AUGUUAUAAAAGACAGUUAACUAAAACUAAUUUUAAGAAUCCAAAUCACUAAUAGGAUUAAAAAUUAGCGAGUUAGCUAACUUUUAUAAUUAGGAUGAAUGUAAAUAAGUCAAUUAGGAUGGAGAUUCAAAGCUAGGAUUAACUAAUAAAGAUAACAAGAAUUCUUAUUAUCAUAGAAGACAAUAGAUAAGUGAGUAAAACUCACAAAACAUUACACUCUAGGAGGAAAGCAAAAUUAAAGAAUAAAAAACCAUAUUAAAUGCUAUUCAAUACUAUCCUUCUUAAGAUUAUACUGAUUCAAACUACCAACAAAAAUCUCCUAUCUAAAAAUUUAUAUUUAGUAAUAACAGUCCAAUUAACAGCAGUUUACCUUACUAUGUUAAUGAUAACCACCUACUGCAAUUAGAAGAUAGCUAGACUGAAGAAGACUAAACAUAAAUAAAUAGGCGUUUUCAAAGAUUAAAGUAAGAUUAAGAAAGUAAUAAUCGAUACUCGAUAGAUACUUAAGAUGAACCUAAAAAGAAAGAAAGUAUAAUGAAAAUAGCACCUUUUAAAAUCAUGUUUUAAUAACUGAUUUUUAUAUCAAAAUUAAUGAGAGCAUCAUCUAGCUAUAGAUUCAGGCAUAUUACAUAAAAAUAAUUUAGUAUCAUUGAUGACUUUUCAUCUUAUUUCAAAUACUACAUUUACAUUAACCCUAAAAUAAGAUCACUCAAACCAUCGCUUUUCUAAAAAAUAAUGUAUAAAGCUUAAUAAACAGUAUUGAUUGACAGCAUAAAUUAGUUCUUGAGAGGAAAGUGGAUAUUAAAACCUGAAUCUUUAUUUGUCUUUAUAUGGGAUAUUUUUAUGAUAAUUUUUGUGCUUUAUCUAUUGAUAGUAAUUCCUAUCGAGCAUGUAAAUGAUUAAAAUUAAUUAUAAGUAUUUGAAUAUUUCAACUCGGUAAUCAUUCAAUGGAUUCUAGUCUUUGAAAUAGUUGUUAACUUUAAUACAGCUGUAUUCUAUAAAGGAUAAAUAAUAGUUGAUAGGAUCCAAAUAUUCAAGCUUACCUACUAAAAUUUUAUAAAGGAUUUAAUUGUAAUAACGUUGUUCAUGAUAUCCAGAAAAUUCCCCUAAAUGUCUAAUUUUGCCUAUUUAGAAUAUAUAAUAUUUGUUAAGUGCAUAGAUAUACCUUAGAAAUUAAACGACUUAGAAAACAAAUUUUAAAUUUCUUAAAAUAAAAUGAGACUAUUCCAAUUAAUUAAAUUAGAAUUCUUUGUUCUUCUUAUUGCUCACAUACUUAGUUGUGCUUAUAUGAUAAUUGGUAUGAAUGAAAGUUAAUAGGGUAUAGAUAGUUGGAUUUCUCGAUACAAAUUAAAUAACUAUUCUUUGACAGAUUUAUAUUUGGAAACAAUUUACUAUAUGAUUAUUACAAUGACAACAAUUGGAUAUGGAGACUAUACUCCCAUAACUCCUAAGGAAAAAAUAUUCAUUUCAAUAGUAGCACUAAUUGCAACUAAUGUCUGUGCUUUUUCGUUUAGCUAAAUCAGCGAAAUUGUAAAGUAUGAAUAGGAUAAAAAGUAAGCUUAUCAAUAAAUUAUGCAGGGUAUUAACAAAGAAAUGAAUAAUGUUGGUUUAAAUAUUUUACUGUAGCACAAAGUAAGAAAGUAUUAUGAAUUUCAACACAGUUAAUAAAACGAAGAUAGAUAAUAGAAUAGACUUACAUUGAUUGAGAAUCUACCAUCUUAGAUUAAAUAGGAAGUUCUUUUAGAUGUGAAUGUAGAAUUUCUGAAAUCAAUUUAAUUCAUUAAUUAGCUGACAAAAGAAUGCAAAGAAAAAAUAUCAUUAAAUGUGAAAUAAAGAAUAUUUUAUCCUGAAGAGGUUAUAUUUAAAGAAAAAGAAUAUAAUUCCUGUCUAUUUUUUAUAUCACAAGGUUCUGUGCAACUUAAUAUCGCUGUAAAAACAAAGCAUGAGUCUCGUGAUGAAACACUCUCUGAAAUGGUUAUUGAGUAAUUAAAGAAAAAAGAUGUAUUUGGUUUUGAGGGAUUUUUUUACAACUGUCCUAAUCCCUAUAAUGCUAAAUGUGCAGCCUAUAGCGUUAUAACAUAUAUCGAAAGAUAGGACUUUAUCAACAUCUUAUAGCAAUUUCCACAAGAUUAUGAAAAAUUUUGCUUUUUAAAGGACGAAAUAGUAUUGUCUGGUAAACACAAAUUAAUUUAUGAGAAAUGCUACUCUUGUGGGGAUUUUGACCAUUCUUUCAGAGACUGCACAAAGAUAAAUCCUGCUUUUCAUUGGAAAGAAAAAUAUAAAGCAAAAGAAAAAUAAAUAAACCCAGAUAGAAACCCUAAAUUUAUAAGAAAAACUGUUAGUAUGUAUAAUGCGGUAAAAGACUAGUCUGAAAUUUCUAAAAUUGCACUUAGGACUAUGGUUUAAUAUGAUGAAGAAUCGCUUUUAAGCGAUUUAUGCUCUGUUUUAAUUGAUGAAGAGUAAGAAGAUAAUUUUGAUGAAUAAGAAUAAGAAAGCGAUACUGAUCUGAGUUCAAAUGAAGAAACAUAAAAACAAAAUGAAAAAAACAAAAAAAAUAAUGAUAGACUCAAUGAUAAUAAUGAAAAUGAGUUUAAAGAAAGAAAUAAAAAUAUUUUAAGAAAUUAGAUUUCAAAAAAUCGUGAAUUAAUAAACUGUGAGAAUUUAGAAUUAAAAUAAGUUUAAUCACUUGACUAAAAAAAAUCUAGGAGAGACAUGAAUAAAAAAAAUACAAGAAUAAAUUUAUCAGACAUAAGCGAAUUGCUUAGAUAAAUAAGCUAAGAUAAGAAGCUAAAAGAGACUAACAAUUCAUAAUAUGAAGAAUAAAAUGCAAAGAAAAAAGUUUAAAAGUCUAAGUUUAGUAAAUUCAGAUAAGCUAGCGGAGAUAUUAAUUGUAAUUUCAACUUACAAGACAAACCAAUCUAAUAAUAAAUUUUAGAUAAAUAUGCAUUUGCUGAGUAGCAGGAAGAUAUCAGAUAACCUAAUUUUAAUUUAGAAUUUAAAAAAUAAAUUUCUGAUAAUAAGACAAAUUAAGUUAAUUGGCUUGAUUAGUAAAAUUAAUUGGUUGCAAUUACAGAGCAGGUGAAUGAAUAACUUGAAAACUCAGGAACUCUUCAAACACAGAAUUUAACUAAGGAAACUCCUAAAAAUGUCUUAGAAAAAUAAUUAAGUUUAUCAGUAAGUAUGGUUUAAUUUGAAGAUUGUGAUGAAGAUUAAGAUUAUCCUUAAAAAAUAAACCAAAAUAAUAUUGAACAUCUGCAUAAAGCUGAUGCUUUUACAGUUAAAUAAUAAUCAAAAUCAGACUCACAAUCUAAAAAUGGUAGAGCAUAGGAAUUUAAGGAGUCUUCUAUAAAAUAAGAAACUGACAAAAUGGAGAAUAAGCUCAUUUAAUGUGGUUUAACCAGAUAAGAAACAUGGAAAAGCUAAAAAUCUAAUUUGUAAAGUACUUCAAGAAAAAGCAUUAACACGACUAGUAUGAGUUGCAACGAAUCGUAAUUUUAAAAUAUUAAAGAAAACACUGAAGAAGGUACGAAUUUAAAUACUAUUAAUCAAGUAAAAGCUUAAGAAUGUGACAUCUAUGAUAAGUUAUAUGAAAAGAGAGUACAAAAAGCUUAAAAAAUUUAUUUGAUGAAAGAGAAAUUAGUUAAAAAGAUAACUGAUGAAAUCAAUUAAAGCAUUGAAAUUAAUAACAAUAAUUAAGAAUAAGAUAUUUUUAAGCAAUUAGAAAGAAAUGUCUCAAAAAAAAUGUCUUUAAAGAAAAAAAGUAUUAGUUCAAAUUUUAAUUUUUCACCUUAAGAAAUUAACAAAUUGGCUUCACCUUAAUUUCCGCUUAAUAUUUUGCAAAUUAAAAACACCUCUUAAAUAUCUCCAAAGCUAUAAUAAACUGAUUAAAGCAAAAAUGUAUCUUAUAAGUAAAAUUUUUAAGAAAUAAAUUCACCUAUGACGAAUGCUGAAAAGUUAAUCACUGCUUUACCAAUUCUAAAACCCUAAAUAAAAAGAGAAGGCUCUUAAUAACUAAACAGGGCGAAAAGCUAAGAAGAAAAUAAGCUUCAAUUUUAAUAACUGAGGCGCACAGGAACAGUUAAGAUAAAAAGGAUAGAAGCCUUAAAAGAAACAGAGCUUGCAUAAUCUCCUAAUAGGAGAUUAAGCAUAGCAAUAAAAUCUCCUUAACUUGUAAAAACCGCUACAUCUGCUUCUGCUUCGAAACACUUUGAAAGAAAAAGUAUUUUAAAUAAUAACAUUAAUUAUUUAAUUGGAAGCUAAACAAGCUAAUAAACGAAUUCAAACGAUAUUUCUAAUUUAAAUGGUGACCCAAGAUUUACAAUCACUGCAGAUGGAGCAUAAGAAUCAUCAGAAUAUAUGAUAAGAUUCUUGUACAAUUUAUAGGAUUUAGAUCUCUUGAUUGUAAGAAAAAGAUUUUUAAUUGAGCAACAAAAAGGACUAUUGAAAGACUAUAUUUUUGUUGAAGAUAACGAAAUCGAUUUGGAUAUUUAAAAAGAAUACUCACAGUAUUACCCCUUAUAAAAUGCUAAAGAUAUUAUCAAAAUUUUAAGAAAAAAAUUAAAUAAAGUUUUAAAAUAGCAUUACCCUAGUAUGAAAACAACUCAUGUUAAGAAUUUUAAAUAGAAAAGAGCUAAAAUGAGUGAACUCAAAUCUUCACGUUAAAGUUCUAAAUCUUAAUUUAAUCCAUAGCAUUAAUAAAGCAUUUUUUUAAAUAAUUUAAAUUAAAAUAAUCAAACCACUUCCUAAAAUUUAAAAAUGGCUUGA